AGUCAUUAUUCUCUCUACCGCUAUUCAGCCCAGGUCCCGUUUGCUCAUUGUUAUUCUGCCCGAGUGAGUGAGUGAGCGAAUGAGAGAGGGAGAAAGAGAGGGAUAGUGAGCGAGAGAGUGAGGACAUUGUGAGAGAAAGGGAGAGUGGUAAAGAGAGACAGAGAACGGAAGAGAACUGAGGCUUCUAACCGUAGGGAGUCUGAUGUAGCGGUCGGGGUUUAUUCGCGGUGAAUUUUCUGUCCGGGGUGUGUGCGUGAAGGCAUGUUGCUAAUCAGCUCAACAGUGAGUAGAGUUACAGAACGGCACCAAAAGUCUGACGCCGAUUUGUGUGAGUAACAAUUAAAAAAGGGAGAGAGAGCGAAGUCGGGGGGGAGAUUGAGAUUUAGUGCACUGCUGGGUGAAACAACCCCCCACUACCGAAGGGGAAAACAAUAGAAGAAAAGAAAAAAGGCAAACGGCGUUUCGGUCAUCUGUUUUUUUUUCAACAAUGAGCUCAGAAAAGGGGACUUCAGUCUGCUGUUGUAAAGCCUAAUUCCCUAAGAUACAGGGGAGGAGACUACAAGACGUAAACAUUCUGAAACACCAUGUCUCGUUCAGACGAGGUCAACAAGAUGACAGAAAACGUGUAUAAGGGGAUUCUGGACCAGUUCAACCCCAGUCUGAAGAACUUUGUGACCAUGGGGAAACACUAUGAGAAAGCCCUGACCGGCGUGACGGUAGCAGCCAAGGGAUACUUCGAUGGUCUGGUCAAACUGGGAGAACUGGCCAGCGACAGCCAAGGGUCCAAAGAACUGGGAGACACGUUAUUCCAGAUGGCCGAGGUGCACAGGCAGAUUCAGGUUCAACUGGAGGACGUGUUGAAGCUGUUCCAUUCUGAGCUGCUGUCCCAGUUGGAGCAAAAGCUGGAGUUGGACAUUAAAUAUCUUACCGCCACGUUGAAGAAAUAUCAGAGUGAGCGCAAGUCGAAGUCGGAAUCUAUCGAGCGCUGCCAAUCACAGCUCAAGAAGCUGCGCAGGAAGAGCCAGGGCAGUCGCCACCCCAACAAGUACGGAGAUAGGGAGAUGCAGUAUGUGGAGCUAAUGAGUCGUCGUCAGGCUGAGCUGGACACGCUGGUUGCUGUGGGUUACCGCUCGGCGCUGACGGAGGAGAGGAGACGAUACUGCUUCCUGGUGGACCGCCAGUGUUCCGUCACCAAGCUGCUCAUCAACUACCACUGCAAGGUGAGAGAGCUCCUGUCACAGAAGCUGUCCUCAUGGCAACAGUCAUGCUCCCAGCCAACCAGACUACCUGAACGGGCGCUCAACCUGCUGCGUCACACCGCCCCUCAGGGCUCUGGGGCAUCUGGGAUAGCUGAGCUCCUCCGACACGCCAAACUGGGCGCUGCACAGCCAGAACAGAGGCUGUCAGUACAGGAGGUGCCUCCCUUGUUGAAUGGUGGCUCCCAGCAGCAGAGACCCAUCCCCUCUUCUUCCCAGAGUGACAUCCCCCCUCCCCAAAACUCCCCCGGACCCCAGACCUUCCGCUCCCUCGCUGCCACUGGAGGGGCUAUUGGAGGGAGUGGGGCAGGCUCCCCUCAGCAGACCAGCACACCUAUUAGUGUCUCAGCUAGCCCCAAUGCUAACAACAACACAAGUGCUAAUGCUAUCACUACUGCUAACACUCCCACCACUUCAUCCACCUCCUCCUCCACGGUUGGCUCCAGCCAAGCCCAGCAGACCUCUCUUCUCCUGGCCACCAGCACCUCCAGCCUUUCUCCUAGUCUAAUCCCCUCCACUGUGCUUUCUCUCAGCCAGGGCUCCCCAUCCUACUCCUCCCUACAGGGCCUGGCCCUACCGCUGUCCCUCAGUGCCCCUCACAGUCCUCCACUACCCCACAGUGCACCUCUCUCCAGAGCCAUAACCCCCUCGCUGCACCACCAGGGAGUGCUAGGAGGAGGGAACACACCAUUGCUAUCCCAUAAUCCUAUGCUGAUGAAGGCAGCGGAGAUGUAUGGAACGUCUACACUGCCAUUGCCUAGGAGACCAGUCAGCGAGGCCCGGGUGGGAGGGUUUAUGGGUUCCACUCUGCCCAGAGACAGAGUUCUCCCUCUCUCCAGCCCGUCUCGUGUGGAAGCCAUAUUUGCCCACGCUCCUGGGGGUUCAGAGGGCAGUGGAGUGGGCGGGGCCUGCUUACUUCACUUCCUGCCAGGCGACGCUCUCAGCCUCCUCAUCUCUGAGCCCAGAGACGGGUGGCACUAUGGCCAGAACGAACGGACGGGACGGAAAGGCUGGUUCCCUUUCUCCUUCACUCAGCCUUACCCCAACACCUUGGAUCCCCUCGACAGCAGCUCCCCGCUCCUCUCUAAGGUCAACAGUACCAGUACGGGUCAGUUAGACAAGCUGGUCUCUCCUGGCCUGCCUGCCUUGACCCCUGAGUCCGAGGAGGAGCGCUCAUUCCCCCCUCAGAGGGUCAGCACCUUCCGCCCGCGCCCAUACAGCAUGGCCGACUCCAACCAGGUCAGCCUGAGGCCGAAGGUCAGAGGUGAAGGGGUAGAGUGGGCAGGGCCCCCUGACCGACCGGCUCUGUCAAUGCUGAUGCAAGAGCUCUCCUCAGACUUCGCCUCUCCUCCACCCUCCCCAACCUGGACCAACCCAUUUGCCCAUGUCCGGCUCAGAAAGACGGUGACCAAUGAUCGCUCUGCACCCAUCAUCGAAUAGGACAUGGUCUCCUUGAACAGGCAACCAAUGGAGAGGUGUUAAUAGGAAACAUUCAUGUGUUUUGAAUUUGUUCUCAGAGUCCAGUAACUGUGUUGGUUGAGUUCUCAACUGUUGAGCCUUAAGAGAAAGCCUUAAGUAAACCUUUCUGUUCAUGUUGGUUAUUUACAAGUGCUGAUUAGAUGUGUAUUAAUCAGGCAUAAGUCAAACUACAGACACUUAUGUGGUUUUAUUUUGAAGAUCGAAGAAUCAAAGCUGAAAUUUGAGUGACAACAGUAAUUGUCAAAGACACUUUGGACAAAAUUAGAUCUUGAAUAGAAAUCCACCAUAGUAUUUGAGAAUUAUAGAGUAAAAAGAUGAGUGUGAGAAUUGGAAUUUAAAAAGCUCUGUGAUGUUAGUAAAAACACAAACGGAUGACGGCCAUUUUGUCGGCAUGUCCAACAUUAACAUUUGAGCCCUGGGCAUUACUGAUCAUUUUAUAAUGUUAUUUUCAUUUUACAACACUUUUCUAGAAGUAACCUUGGUAGAAAAUGUUCAUUAUGUUUUUUUGUCUGUACCCGUUCAGGGACUGGUUCCUGGUAGCAGCCUGUAGUCGGGUAAUAGUUGAAUGAAUUAUAUCAUACUUUACUUGUACCAUUAGGAAUUGUCUUAAAGGACAGGCUCCUGUUUUAUCAGUAUUUUCAUUGAGGAGGAUUUUUGAGAAGAGAUAUGCAGAGAUAUGUGUGUAUGAUCCAGGAAAAUCCAAACAUGUUGAAGAAUUGUCAUUAUUUUUUUUUCAUUGUUGGGAUUCAAUAAGAGUAUGUUUAAACACAUUGUUAGCUAGGCAGAUGUAUUUUCACGAUAGAUGCAGACCUACCAAUCACUUGUUGAUUUAUCACAUUUGUACAACUUCAUUUACAUGUUCUCUGUAUGGAGAUUUAAAGAAAAGUGUAUUGAUGUUGCUUACUGAUGUCAUCAGCACAAUGCUGGGUAGGAAAUAGUUCAAGUUUAAACACUAAUAUUCUUUUAAUAAUAAUUUGUUUUAAUGUGCGGUAGGAUUUGUAUAAGGAAUUAUAUUUUUAAGAUCAACUGAUCAAUUUACAAAGGCAAUUGAUAUGUUAUACACAGAAAUAUGUUGCAUUGCAAAGCUAUUGCUGCUAGUUUAUGAUGUGUAGAUUGUAUUGAACGUUUACCUUCAAGAGUCUCUGUUAUCUACAGAAACGUAUUAAUAGAAGUAAGAAGGAGCAACCGUACAGAUGUAGGAUCUUUAUUUGCUCACUCUUUUGUUGGUGAGAAUGUUCCUGCAUAGCAGGAAAUGCAAACUUGUAGUGUAUUUUAGUUUUAAAAAGGCUUCUAAAGUGAGUCUAUCAACCCCUACAAAAAAUGUAGAUUAAUUCACAUUUCUUGUUGCUGCAGGAUUAUUUUCCUGCAACUGGCUAAAAUUUAGAUCUUACAUCUGUAACAAUGCAUCCCUGUGGGGUGAACUGUACUUCUAUUUGUAUUGGACAGGUAGAAAAGGAAAGAAACAGUGGAGGGUUUGGAGGAUGGCUUUUCCUGUAAAGUAGGUUUGAGAAAUUGGCAUUGUGUUGAGGGAUAAAAGUAUAAGAAAAGAGAUGGAUUCAGCUCGUUUGUUUUUACUAGUGUCUUCUCGAUUGAUUUCAAAUUCGACUCCAACAGAUUGUUCACAUCUAGCAGAUUUUAGCUGCACGUUUACCAAUUGCAAACAGUACAGAACCUUAUUUAAAGGGCGAAGACUUAUUGUGUUUAUGAAGUCUAACUUUGAAAGUGUUGAGGAAAGUAUUUGGAAAGUGGAACAGUGUGUGAGCAAGUGUCAAUGGUAAACUAGAUGUAGAAAGUAGUAUUUUUCUCUCACUUUCUCCAUGUCUGGUAUCUCUCUAGUCUGUCAUCUGGUAUCUCGCUAGUGUCUCUGUCAUCUGGUAUCUCUCUAGUCUGUCAUCUGGUAUCUCGCUAGUGUCUCUGUCAUCUGGUAUCUCGCUAGUGUCUCUGUCAUCUGGUAUCUCGCUAGUGUCUCUGUCAUCUAGAAAACUGCAGUUGAGAGAUUCAGGGUGGAAAUAUGUGGCUGGGUAAAUUGAGUUUCUCUGUAUGAUCUUUAUUCUGAUUUCCGGCCCUUACAGUGUAUAGUUCCUUCUCUCCUCAUGUUUCUGUAUCGUAUUAAGUUGCAUCUCUAACCUAGCCUGUGAAAUGAUUGACUUUGUUGCUAUGGUAAUUCUAACACCCAAUAAAUAACAUUGCUGUUGAUUUAAAUACUUAGUAUAGUGAAAUCACAUAGUUGAAGUUUACUUAUGUUUGUACAAAUUGAAAAAAAUAAAAAUACGUUUUUGAUCUUG